UUAACAAUCAUUUUCUAACAAACACAUCACAUUCCCUUCCACCUCUUUCGUCAAAAGUUGAGAUGCAUAAUAAUGUCAUAAAAAAUGCCAAAUCCCACUUCAAAACUGAGAAACAAACUCAGAAGUCACCAUUUUUAAAUUAUUGCCCACAAGUACACAACCUAACUUCAAAAUCUCCUUCUCAUCGCAACUCUUUCUCUGUCUAAAAUAACAUAGAACACUUUAAUUUUUAAAAUCCGUUAGUAAUUAGUUUGUUAUAUUAGUAUUUUUUUUCUUUUAUUGAAAUUUAAAUGAGUCAUUAGUUUCUUAACCUUUAAUUUAAACCCACUUAUCAAAUAAAACACUUAACAAAUAUUAGAAUGAAAAAUUAGACUCUUUUAUAAACACACACAACAAACACAUUAGAAUCUCUCUAUAUUCUUCUAAACAACUUCAGCACAAAGAAGAGAAAAACAGAAAUAAGAAAAAGAAAGCAUCAAGAGUCUCUCUCUCUCUCAUAUAUUCAAUGGCAAAACCAAAGAACAAUGCCAAGAAGUUAUCAUACAUAUCAGUUCCAUCACAAAUCAUAAACUCCAUAUCAUCAUCUUCCCUUCAAUCUCUCCUUGAUUCUCCAAAGAAGUCUUCAAGAAGUACAAUCUUCACAAAACCAACAAUAUGGUUUCUAUCUCUUUUUCUUGUUGGUUUCUUUGGUAUGUUCAAGUUUAGUUUCAACACUAACACCCCAUUUCCUCCAAAACCAUGUGCAACAACUCACCAAAAGUUCUCAAUCUCAAAUCACCAUUCAAAAUCCAAACUUGGUGUUGGCGUUGACUAUAAAAAUGAGUUUUUGAAAAAGGGUACUUGGAAACAAGAACAAGAACAAAUUUUGGUUUCUCAUGUUGAACUUAGAGCACAGGGGAUUAAUGAUGAUGGAGGUGUUGAGAAGAAGAGUGAGUUUUGGAAGCAACCGAAUGGGUUGGGAUAUAAACCUUGUUUGAGUUUCAGCAAUGAUUAUAGGAGAGAAAGUGAAAGAAUUUUAAAGGAUAGGAGAAAGUAUGUUAUGGUUGUUGUUUCUGGAGGGAUGAAUCAACAGAGGAAUCAGAUUGUUGAUGCUGUUGUUAUUGCUAGGAUUCUUGGUGCUGCUUUGAUUGUUCCUAUUUUGCAAGUCAAUGUUAUUUGGGCUGAUGAAAGUGAAUUUUCUGACAUAUUUGAUCUAGAACACUUCAAAAAAGUUCUUGCAAAUGAUGUGAGAGUGGUUUCAGCAUUGCCAUCAACACACAUAAUGACAAAGCCAGUGGAAGGAAGGCCUCCACUUCAUGCCACUCCCAGUUGGAUCCGUACAAGAUAUCUCAAAAGACUCAAUAGAGAAGGUGUUUUGCUUUUACGCGGCUUAGAUUCAAGACUGUCGAAGGAUCUUCCUUCUGAUCUUCAGAAGCUUAGAUGCAAGGUUGCUUUUAAUGCAUUAAGAUUUUCUAAGAUAAUUGAGGGAAUUGGUAACAAGAUUGCAGAGAGAAUGAAAAGCAAAGGACCUUACCUUGCUCUUCAUUUAAGAAUGGAAAAAGAUGUAUGGGUGAGGACUGGUUGCCUCCCUGGUCUAAGUCCUGACUAUGAUGAGAUUAUUAACAAUGAGAGGAUACAAAGACCAGAGCUCUUGACAGCUAGAUCAAACAUUACUUACCAUGAAAGAAAAAUGGCUGGUCUUUGUCCCUUGAAUGCUAUGGAAGUUACUAGGUUAUUGAAAGGUCUAGGAGCUCCAAAAAGUGCCAAAGUUUAUUGGGCAGGAGGGAAACCAUUGGGUGGAAAAGAAGCUUUGCUUCCAUUAAUCCAAGAGUUCCCUAAUUUUUACAAUAAGGAAGAUCUUGCUUUGCCAGGUGAACUACAACCAUUUGUAAAGAAAGCUUCUUUAAUGGCUGCGAUAGAUUACAUAGUCUCUCAGAAGAGUGAUGUUUUCAUGCCAUCUCAUGGAGGAAAUAUGGGCCAUGCAAUUCAGGGUCACAGAGCAUUUACUGGACACAAGAAAUACAUAACACCAAACAAGAGACACAUGUUACCUUAUUUUCUAAAUUCUUCACUCUCUGAAGAAGAGUUUAACAUGAUUAUCAAGGAACUGCACCAAGACUCAUUGGGGAAGCCAGAGCUGAGGACUAACAAGAUUAGGAGGGAUGUUACCAAGUAUCCUGUUCCUGAGUGCAUGUGCAAUGACUCACAUGUUCAAUCAUGAUUAACAAAUUAACACAAAAGCUUUAAGUAUCACAAGGAAUUGAGUGCUCUUUGAUCACUUUUGGGAGUUCACAGCACCAUUCUUUUAUACAGAUCUUCUCAAUGUCAAGCAUACCUCUCACUGCAGGUGUACUCUCAUUCUCGUCCUAUAUAGCACCGACAAAUUAGAUUGAAGGGUGUGAGUGUUGGACACGGACACGACAUCGGCAUAUGUGAUUACACUCAAUCGCUUUCAUUUUCAAAAACUAUUAUUAGUGUCUUAGUGUCAGUUUGUGUCUAUGCCAAUGUGUUGAAAAAGACAAACAUUAAGAAAUUAAAUGAACACAAUCAACUACAACAAUAUAACAUGGAAACUCGAAAAUUGAAAAAAAAAUAGAUUUAAAAUUAUUAUUUUCUUAAAUUAUUAUUGAUGUCUAAGUGUCAGUGUCAAUAUUUCAUAGCAAUGUAGGUUUCCACCAUCGGUCAAAUUAUAUAUUUAAAAUAAUACACAACACCUUAUAUUUUUUA